GUCUACGUCCUCGGACACUGCCAGUCGUGGCAGCGAACCUGUGGAGAUGCGCCCAGCCAAGAACAAGGCUGCACGGCACAAGAGGCUUUCAACGCUCUUCCAGCGAGGUGGGGUGGGAGGGCCCACUGGUGGGGGAGGAGGCUGCUGGGCCAGUGAGAAGAAACUAGCCGAUCUCAUUGACCCCCUGCCCGAAGAACGAGUCAAGCCCCCAUCUCAGGGAGAAGUGCCAGGAGUCCUGAAAAUCUAUGGAGGAGACAUCUCCAUGGGCGCCAACUAUAAGAGUGUGCUGGCAACCGCACGUUCCACUGCCCGCCAGCUGGUGCGGGAGGCCCUGGAGCGCUACGGGGUGACACAACCCAAUGCUGAAGAUGCCUACGUGUUGUGUGAUGUUGUGGGCAGCGUUCAUGGCAUGGAUAGCUCCUGGCAGGCCCAGUAUCUCCGGGCAGUUGGUGAUGCUGAACGGCCUCUGGUGCUGCAAGAUGUGUGGAAGCCCAAAACCGGUUGCACUCGUCGCUUUGAGAUCCGCUGCCGAUGUGAUGUGGAAAGGAUGGUCAAGGGGGAGGAUGAAGAUGGAAGCGGGAUUAACUCUCAGUCAUGCCGGCAACAAUCACGACGCUCCCGGGCUGCCUCGGGGGGGCAUGUGGGCCCCAAGGAGAGAGCAGACAGCCUCUCGCUCCGGCGCAGCAUCAGCGAGAUGAAUCUCAGCACUAAGCGCCGCAGGGACCGCAAAGGAGUACUGAGCAUGGCAGUCGGUGAACCGGCAGAAGGGGAGGAGGCCACGGAUGUGGCCAGCCUUGAGCAGCUUACCCAAUGCCUUAUCCAGCCCCCAACCGAACAUCCCUAUUUCCUGCAGUUACUGGGCUACAACGAAAAACAG